AUGAGCACUGAAGCGUCGGCCCCAUCGACUUCAGCAACUCCUUAUGCAGAGUUAGGACAGCUCGUUGCCGAAAACAUGAUCAAUGCCAUAAACGACCCACAUGCUCAGUGGGAUGUCCUAUCGGAAGAGGAAAUAGCGACUAUAAAGAAAAGAUGUGAGGAGUUGUUGGAAACGGUCGCUGACCGGUUUCAAGAACGCGGCGAUGUCGAUUUCGCUAAGGAGUUUGGAAUGACGCUAGAGCAGCUAGUCGUAGCCAUACUCUGUGCAGCUAUGGAAGACAACAAUAAUCGUAAUAUCAAAUUUGAUGUUCUGUGUGAUGCGCUGCAGUUUGACAAAGGAACUUAUUACAUGGUGAAGAAAUUUCUUGGUGGCAAAGACGAUGGAGAUAAAACGCCAAAAGAUUUGAUUAUGCAGACUUUUUGCACACCCAUUGACUGCUGCCUUGCUCUCACAAUGGCUUAUUGUGAGGUCUGCGGAUGGCCUUUUUCGUGUGACUGGGACUCUAUAACAUACGUAAAUGAUACCUGGACAGAAGAAGAGCAGAAUGAGUUUGAUAAGCUAACUCGAGAAGAGGCACAGCGACAAUGGAAUGCGGCAAAAGCGCUCCUUAUGGAUCCCAACUCAUCCGUACAGGAACCUAGUGAAUAUAUGACACAAUGUGCUAUCAUUGAGAAUCAGCUAAAAAACUGGAAUGACACUGCUGACAAGGUUUUGGCAGAUAUGCACGAUUUGGUUGCGUCCAUGGAUAGGGCGGUGCUGGUUGAAAAGCACGAUGCUGUCGUAAAGGAACGAAACCAGGCUAUUGCAGACUUGGUCCCACAAAGUGUGAGUGAUCGGCCACUUAUGACUGAUGAAGAAAUCAAAAAGGUGAGGGAAUAA